AUGCAGAAGCCAGCAGCUGAUGACAGGAGCACAGGCUCGCUAUGUCCAUCUCAGGCACGCCGCUGCAUCACUGAGGAUCCCAAGUGGUCCCUAACCACUGUUCCCCACCUCACUGAGCUCUGCCUCCAGCACAUCAUUCACAAUUUUGAAAAAAACCCUAUUUUGGACCGUCUUCUGCCUGAGCACCAGAGGAAGGUGCUGGAUGGGCUCUCCACUGGCCUCCCACUCGCUGUGACUGCCGACCUAGUAAAUGAUGAGGAAUACUGGAAGAGGUGCUGUAUUGAGCGCUGGGAAGUGUGUGACAUCUCCAGCUAUGGAGACAGCUGGAAACGGAUGUUCUUUGAACGUCACCUGGAGAACAUCCUGAAAUGUUUCAUCCCUAACAUCACAGACCCCAACCAGGUCCUAGAGCUCAUCCCACUCUGCAAAGGCUAUGUGCGGAAACUGGAGAUUGAUCAGUUCCUUCCACCUGUGCAGGUGGGUCAAAAGGAGGAGAGAGAUGGCCAAUCAGGUCCAGAGAGCGAUUCUGAAUUUGGUGAGGUCUCCACGCAUCACUACGACCUGGGAGUCCUCAUUACUGCUCUCCCUCACCUUGAAGAACUUCAUCUCACUUAUGGCUUGAAGAACUGUGGCAUGAACUUUGAGUGGAACCUCUUUAACUUCACUCACCAGGACUGCUGCAACCUGGCUGCUGCCGUGAAGCUGUGCCACAGCUUGAAAGUUUUAAAGCUGACCCAAAGCAAUGUGGAUGAUGACAAGACCAGGCUGCUGGUCCAUAAUUUGCUGGAUCACCCCUGCUUGGUGGAGCUGAACUUGUCCCACAAUCUCAUCAGGGACAAGGGGGCACAAGCUCUUGGCGAGCUAAUCAACCGCAGCAGAUUAGAAACCCUCGAUCUGGGUAAUAACCAGAUCUGUCACCUGGGGGCUGAGGCUCUUGCUAAAGCCCUGACUGAGAACUCCACCCUCACCUCCCUGAAUCUGCGCCUCAACUGUGUGGGCGACAAAGGUGGGGAGGUGAUCGGCCGUGCCCUGCUGACCAACACCACCCUGAAGUUCAUCCACCUGGGAAGUAAUAGCCUGUCAGAGCCAACCACUGUGCUGUUCUCCCAGGUCCUGGCUCAGAACACCACCCUGAAAGGCAUCAACUUCUCAUGUAACCACCUGGGACUGGGUGGUGGGAAACAGCUGCUUGAAGGGCUGGUGGGCAACAAGGCUUUGACUGAGUUAGACCUCCGCCAGGCAGAGGUGGACCAGGAGACCGAGUACCUCAUUCACCAACUUGUGUGGGCCAAUCGGGAAGUGGCAAGGCUGGGGUCCCUGCAGCACCCCACCACCAAACCCCUCUGA